AUGGCCGCUGCUCCAAGGAACCCUCGUCAGCUUCAGUUCAAGCUCGUCCUGCUCGGCGAGUCGGCUGUUGGCAAGUCGAGUUUGGUCCUUAGAUUUGUCAAGGACCAAUUCGACGACUAUCGCGAGAGCACCAUCGGAGCUGCUUUCCUCACGCAAACUGUCAGCCUCGAUGCACAGACCACCGUCAAGUUCGAGAUCUGGGAUACCGCGGGACAAGAGCGAUACAAGUCGCUCGCACCCAUGUACUACCGUAAUGCCAACUGCGCUGUGGUAGUGUACGACAUCACGCAGCCUUCGUCGCUCGACAAGGCCAAAGCGUGGAUCCGCGAACUUCAGCGUCAAGCUGACCCCAAUAUCAUCAUUGCCCUGGCAGGCAACAAGGCGGAUUUGGCGAGCACACGCCGUGCUAUCCCCACCGAAGAGGCCGAAAAGUACGCACAGGAAGAGGGUCUUCUCUUCCUCGAGACUUCGGCCAAGAACUCGUCCAACGUCUCGGAGCUGUUUACCAUGAUCGCGCGCAAGCUGCCGACAGAGCAGGCAGCCGAAUCGCAGCGCAGCGGCGCCGGUCGAGCGGGCGCAGGAGCUGCCGGUGCGGGAGGCGCGAGACCAGGUGUGGACCUUAGAGGGCAGCAAGGAGGUCAAGAGCAGGACGCUUGCAACUGUUGA